AUGAGUUCACAAUCUCCGUUUGUUCAGCAGACACUGCAGGAGCUAGAGAAAGCGAAAAAGUUGGGCAGUUUCAUCAAGGCCAAUGAUCCUGAAAUUCAGGGCCUGCUCGAGCCAUGUGAAAGCACUAGCUGCCAUGAUGGCAUGAUCAUUCAUACCGAUGUUAUUAUCCCCACUCGUGACGGCGUCAAGUUGUGUGGUAAUAUCUUCCGCCCAGAGAAUCAGAGCGACAGAAAACUUCCAGUUCUCCUGAACUAUUCUGUCUAUGGUAAAGAUGGAGCUCUCGAGGCUUGCAUGUUCCCGAAAGGCAGCAGAUUGGAUCCUAGUCAUCACACUCCUUACUAUAGCUUUGAAGCGUGCGAUGCACCGUGGUGGACUCAAAGAGGGUAUGUGGUUGCCUUCGUGGAUGUUCGCGGCUCCUUCAAGUCAGAAGGUGACAAGAGCUACUACUCUCGAGAUGUGGGUCUUGAUGGAUACGAUAUAGUUGAAUGGCUUGCAGUCCAGGACUGGUCAAGCGGCAAAGUUGGAAUGUAUGGUGCCAGUGCAUUUGCUAUGGUUCAAUGGCUGGUUGCAGCUGAACAGCCUCCAUCCCUCACGGCGAUCCUUCCAUUCGAUGGUAUGACAGAUCUAUAUCGAGAGAUGGCUCGAAAGGGCGGUAUUCCUGAGACGCAGUUUAUGGCCGUGUACCCUCAUCUAUACAACUGGGGGACAAGCUUGGUUGAAGAUAGUGGUAAUGCUCAUUUUGAGCAUCCAUUCUUUGACGAUUACUGGCGCAGUAAAAUUCCCCGGUUGGAAAAGAUUAAAUGUCCAACUUAUAUAGUGGGAAUCCUGACUGAAGAAUCUCUUAGCAGACAGAAGGCAUUCUACGAUACGUACCUGCACGGAAAAGAGACUGAGCUUAAGUUCUGGCCACCUGUUCGAUAUGCCAUGCGUGAAAGCUUUUAUGUUUCUGAGUGGCGUUUUGCUCCCUCCUUCCCCUUUCCGGGAACCGACUAUAGCAAGCACUAUCCGACCCCGUCUUGCAGUCUGUCAAAGGUAGCUCAGCCUACAGAGUUCGAAGUCACAUAUGAUGCUCUAGAAGGUGAACUCACAUGGGAAAUCCCUUUCAUGGAGUCGUACGAGCUUGCCGGAUACGCUAAACUUCGUCUCUGGGUUGAAGCCCGUGGCGCUGAUAACAUGGAUCUCUUCGUAGUUCUGAAGAAAGUGGACGCAGAGGGCAGGACAGUUCACUUCCCUUGGCUUACAGUCAUCGAAAAUGGUCCAGUUGCAUUCGGCUAUCUACGUGCCUCCAGGCGAGAGCUGGAUGAGACCAAAACAACGGAUUUCCAGCCUUAUCACAGCCACCAGAGGGACCGUCUGCUUGAACCAGGCGACGUAGUUCCGGUGGAUAUUGAGAUCCUGCCUACAGCUUGUCGAUUCCGCGCAGGCGACCGUCUCCAAAUUAGUAUUUCAGGACAUGACUACGAGAAAUACCCUCCGAUGAUCCCGGUCGCCCGGCAUGGCCAAACAAUCAACCAGGGAACACAUGUCAUUCACUUCGGUGGGAAAUACGACAGCUUCCUUCAGCUUCCUACCUUGCCUCCUGUUUCAGGAUCCAGUUUAAACCAUGGAAAAACAGUCAAAAUGUCUAUGGUUGCCAACCGUGUCAAAGGCUGGUCUGAUGAAAAGUUUGUCGCGGAGUAUACCGGUAUCCAUGCCAAUAUGACGAAACAACUAUCUCAAUUUGUUCCAUUCCUGCGAAGCUACACGCAGGUAGUUGGUGUUCCUAAGCCGUCCGUGAAUACUUUUUGCAUUAACCAGUCCAGAUUUGAGGUUGCAACCGUUCUUGGAUGGUCCAGUCUCACGAAAUUAGAAGGCUCGUUCCAUCAUCCGAGCUACAAGGCCAGUGCUGGAAAGCAUGUUUUCACGGAGUCGGCGUUCAUUGGAUCGCUCAGUCAAGCCUUUGAAGAUAUAGUCUUUGAUCCAAUCAUGUUUGAAAAUCGUCAGAACGCCUUUGAGGUCGUCGCUUUCUUACCCAGGUCUUCCACGGGACAGAUCAUCACUGAUAGUGACCUUAAGUCUAGGGCACAGGUGGUCAGGGAGAUCGGGCAAGGAGUAGGACUUCUUCGCUACGUCUUGAAUCGUGACAUAACUCCUGCAAACCCCUCAGUGUUCUUCAAAGAUACAUUGUUCGAGAAUGCAGAUUGGAGUAGUAUCGGGGCCAUGGAGCAGUACUGGUUUGGAAGUGAGGCUGCUGCAAUGGAAUUUUUCGGAGAUGCCUCUAGAGUCCAAGUGCUCCAGAAUCUACCUCCCUCUUUUGAUCCGAAGAGAACCAUCAGUGUCGCAGGAAAGGAGGGCGUUGUAUUUUCAAAGGACCUGAACUUCUAG